AGGUAACCCAAAAAAAAAACUUUAAGUAACCAAAAAAAAUUGAAGAUCGCAACUCCACGGUCCACAGUUCAAAUAAGAAUUCUCAGACAUUUCCGAGAGAUGGGGGAGGAAGGGAUAAGCAACAAGCAGGUUAUACUGAAAGACUAUGUCGCCGCCGGAUAUCCAAAAGAGUCCGACAUGGAACUACGAACCGUCACUCUGCCGCACCUAAAGGUUCCCCAAGGUUCAAACGCCUUGCUGGUCAAGAAUCUCUAUCUUUCCUGCGAUCCCUACAUGCGCAAUCGCAUGAGCAAAUCCCAGGGAAGCUAUGUCGAGUCCUUCACUCCUGGAUCGCCAAUUGUGGGAUAUGGAGUGGCAAGAGUGGUGGAUUCCGAUAAUUCCAAUUUCAAGGAAGGUGACUUAGUUUGGGGAUUCACUGGGUGGGAAGAGUACAGCUUUAUCACUGCUACACAGUCUCUCUUCAAGAUUGAACAUACUGAUGUCCCUCUUUCUUACUACACUGGACUACUUGGUAUGCCAGGUAUGACUGCUUAUGCAGGAUUUUAUGAGGUUUGCUCUCCCAAAAAAGGGGACACAGUGUAUGUUUCAGCUGCAUCGGGUGCUGUUGGUCAGCUCGUUGGCCAAUUUGCCAAGCUCUUGGGUUGCUACGUUGUUGGUAGUGCGGGUACCAAAGAAAAGGUGGACCUGUUGAAGAACAAAUUUGGGUUUGAUGAGGCUUUCAACUACAAAGAGGAGCAAGACUUGGUUGCUGCUUUGAAAAGAUUCUUCCCCAAUGGAAUUGACAUUUACUUCGAGAAUGUUGGGGGGAAGAUGCUAGAUGCAGUGCUUCUUAACAUGAACCUCCAUGGGCGGAUUGCUGUGUGUGGGAUGAUAUCACAAUACAAUCUUGAAAAGCCUGAAGGUGUUAACAACUUAUUCUGUCUUAUUAGUAAACGAAUCCGCAUGCAAGGGUUUCUGGUGUUUGAUUACUACCACCUCUAUCCCAAAUUUCUUGAGAUGAUCCUGCCAUGCAUAAAGGAAGGGAAGGUCACUUAUGUGGAGGACGUUGCCAAGGGACUUGAAAGUGCUCCGGCUGCUUUGGUUGGCCUUUUCUCUGGUCGGAAUGUUGGGAAGCAGUUGGUUGCCAUUACCCACGAAUAGUUAUCGUUACUGCUAUGAAUGUGUGUAUUUUCCAUGCCUAACUUCCCUAUGAACACAUGCUACUUUACUAAAUUAAUUAACCUCACUAAUAAAUGAAGCAUGUGUUUUGCUAUUAUAGAUUAUUAUUAUUUGGGGGUGCUUUGGAAAUUAGAACUUCAUCAGUUCAUGGUCCAGCUCUGAAACCUAUUCCCCAAAAAGGAGAUACGUAGUACUGUAUAAUCUUAUUAAAAGAGUAUCAAUUUUUCAGUUCCAUUUUCCUCAAAAACUUCGUGUUUUUAAUCAGAACUUUCCCAUCCUCCUUCCAAUUCCGUCCAUUUCAAUUUUCAAGAACAAAGUCAUAUAAGAUGAGGAUCUCAUCAAUUAGUUUCUCCUGGUCUCAUAAUCCUGUUGAUAUGAUUCUG